AUUAUUUCUUACAAUAACCACUUAUUGUAAUGCAUAUUAAUACAGUAAAACAUAUAUUAUGGUUUGACAGAUUUACUUUAAAAGAGCAUCAGUAUAAGAAAGAGAAGAUAUAGUCCCAUAUUUCCAGCUCCUGAGUGAGUGAUCCCCAAUAAGCUAUCUUUGACACCGUCUUCUUCCGGCGCAGACAUGUGACGUAGCCCCACAGGGCGCAAAUAUACAAGGGAGGUGUUUUAUAGUAAGUGGAGCCGCUCAGGAGACACAAUCGUCCACAAAGGAGAAGAUGCACAACUGGCAGGAGAACGAAAUCAAAGAACUGCUGACCAUCCGGGGGUCGGAGGCGAUCCGGAACCAGAUCACGGGCACGGUGAAGGACUCUGUAGUUUACAACAGGAUGACCAAACUGCUGGCGGAGAGGGGGGUGUACAGGUCGCACAUGCAGGUGAUCAGCAAACUGAAGGCGCUCAGGAAGCAGUACGCCAAGUACCACCAGCAGAAGACCCGCUGCGGGAGCGACCGCGUCGACUGGCCGUUUUACGACCAGUGUCAUCGGGUUUUCGGGAACGCUCCCGUGGGGAACCCGGGGAAACGACACCGGAGUCCCACGCCCCCACCCGCACCCUCACUCUCACUCUCACUCUCACCUCCACACCUCCCUCCUCCUCCUCAUCCUCCUCCGGAGCCGCCUGGCCUCAGUGAGGAGCACCAGGAGGUUGUAGUCGGCCUCUGGGACGAUGUGGACGACCGGGAGAUCAACAAGCACCUGGGUCCGGUGGAGGUGGAGGACGACGAGGAGCAGUUAGAGCCCAUCAGCGCCAACUAUCAAACUGACCGACAGUGGAGCAGACGCAGAGGCCAGUCAGCUUACACAAUCCCCUCGAAGAAGAGGAAAACGACGGUGAUGGAGCAAGUCUCCACGUUGGUGUCGGCGACCGUCGCACAGCUCAGAGAGAUGGACGCGUCCAUGCAGGCGCAGGAGGACGCCCGGCUACAGAGGUUGAUGGACCACGAGAAGGAAAUGCAGAACAAUCUAAUGAAUCAGCUGGAAGCCAUGCAUGAAAGGAUCAGCCGGGAAAACCACGAGAGACACCUGGAACUCGUGGACAGGAUACUCUCUAGGUUCCCUUCACCUUCAGAACCUUCAUGUCCCUGACUGACUCUUCCCGUGGGAGUGAAGGCGGCGUACGACCGGGUUAUUCAGGUGAAGGGAACGCUUCUGUCUCUCUCCUCCAAAAGCUGACGAGUGCCUAAGCCCACAUUCCUUCUGUUUUCGCUGGAUUUUUUCAACAGUAUAAGGAAAGAUAAGUCACUGAGAUCACCUCACCUUUAACCUCGACUCUGCUCACUCGUAGCUGAUACAAAUCCAGGUUCACACAGCAGGCCUUCGUGCUCUGUUCUGAGUCACUGCUCACGUGACACUGUCUCAUCCUUUGUUUUGUUGUUUCAGUUAACCCUGGAACAAUCCUGUUGUGAACUACCAGUGGUGCUGAAAAGACGCACAAGGGCAAAGGAACGAUAACAACACACUAACUUGAAAGGAACAAUGCCGCUGCUCCCUAAUAGCCAACUACAGCACCAUCAUACCACUUCUAUAAAUAAUAUAGAGUUAAAUGCAUAUUGUAAUAAGCUGCCAGGACUCAGUACUUACAAGAUAAAACAUUCAUAAAACAUUCAUAACUAUAAACUUCAAAUGAUGAAGUACAUUUAAAAUUGGCUGGGUUUACACUAUAUCCAUAUGUAUAAUUGUGUUUCUCAAACUUUUUACACCUCCAUGUACCACCGUUAUGAUACAGAAGGGCAGGCCAACCCUGUUCAGAGAGUUCACACAGGAGGCACGUUUAUUCUUAAUAAGAAGAUUAUUUAUUGUUGACUGACAGCCACGCUGUACAAGUAGAACGGACACUUUAACGCUUACACACGGUGGAUGUAUGCACGCACUACGUGCAUGAACAUGACUACAUAGCAGGCUGAUAUUGUAACCAAAAUAUUGCGGGAAAGGCAACAUUUGUUUAAAAAACCAUUUCAGCAAUCUCAUAUUUUUAGUAUUUUCAUCCCAAAUUUUGUAGUAUUUUGAGUCAGUGUUAUGUUUUUAAAUUAAAUGUCUUUUUUUCAAAUGUAUAUUUCAGAGAUUGUUGAACCGGUAGAGGCAGCUCGCGUACCACCAGUGGUAUGAUUAGUUUGAGAACCAGUGGUGUAGAGCAUGUCAAAACAAAACCAAUCAUAUAAAGACAUUAUUAUAUACUGUAUAUGUGACUCUACUGACUCAAAACAUGCUUUUAAAAUCUCUGAAUGUGUGAAUCAGAGCAGAUCUGUGUCAUGUGAGCCUGAAAAUGAGAAUUUGGAAACUUAACACCUGCAGUGUGAAUGUAGAAAGAAAUGAGUCCCCAUAAAAAUGUAAUGUGGCAUUUGUCGGAUGGAUGGAUGGAUGUACUGUACCUCUUCUGCCACCUCACCUGAGCAUGACGGUGCAAACAGUGAACAGGACUCCUCAACAAAAGCGAAACCAAUCACACCGGCUGCUGCAGCCUUUUGUUGUAGUAAACUAUUUACUAAGCAUUUGCUUUCAGUAGGUAUCAUUAGGCUGUAAGAGCUGUUCUAAAGUGUGACUUCACCUAAUAAUAACUGGACUCAGUGGGUGUAACAUUGUUGACAUGUGGCAUUUAGAGAGAGCGUUGCUGUGUCAAACAUUGAUGUAAAUGUCAUGUUUCAGCUGUGUCACCCAGAGGGGAAGGAAACCAGAGUAAGCUAUAUACAGUAUACCACUGAAACGCUGUAGUAGAAGAUUUGUAGCACAGGUCACAUAUAAUGUACGGUGAUGGAUAUUGUAUGAAAAAUAUACACAGUAACUGAUGUGUAUUCUGAGAUUUAUUAGAAAUAUCCAUUUAAAUGCAAUUUAAAUACAGAAAAAAACAUAAAACAUAGUGGUGCACUUUACAAACAGUAGUCUAUCAGUCGGCACUCGAGUCGCUGUUCUGGGUGUCAUUCUUGGCUGACACGAAAUUCCCGGUUGCGUUUACUGUUGUCAGCAAUCCGGGAGAAAACGUGUCAUUGAGGAAAAACACCUUGUGCAUCAGGCAGUGACGUCAGACAACUGAACUUCACGCGUUACACUCCAGUAUGUCCUGUUCACGGCAACACAGCAUUCAACACUGGCCUUACUGGUUAGUUUCACUUUCUUUAGCGAUUUGAGAGAAACAAAAGUAAAGUAUCUGAACUUGAAAUAGUGAAUCAGACCUUUGGUUUUAUACUCGUGGCUCAGUCAGCUGGAAUGUGUGUUUUUACUGUAUAUACUUUUAUACUGUUACCAGUGUUUUACUGUUUUAAAUUUAUGGAACAAUAAAGUUUUCAAUAGAAGAACAGAAGCUGACUUUUAAAAAUGUCAUCUGCCGUUGAAAAGUGAGAAUUUGAUGAAUGAUGUGUGGCAGGAAGGAGGAAGCUCCAUAUCAGCCCGUCCGCUCAUGAUGUCCUGUGCAUUGUGGGAUGGAAACGGACCCCAUAACCAGCUGGAGCUCAGAAUCACAGCUGCAUUAUGGGUUCCGUUACAAUCCCACCCACCAAAACGAGCUUCAGAUCCGGGCUCAGUCUGGUCAGGUAAACACUGCUAAGAAGAAAAAGAAAUGGUUACUAAAAGGGAAGAAAAUGUGAAUGAGUGUGACUAUCGAUCAAAAUGUUACGGUUUGAUCUGCAAGAAUUUGAAAAGGUACAAUCAGCUCUUAGUCGCAGCUAGUCAAAGUAACGAGUAGCAUGCUUUUGAAAAAGUGUGAAAGGAUAUCUAUCUUUGGUGACUUACCAUAAACCAGUGAAAACAAAUCUCCCUUUUCUUCCUUUCAGAGAAGUCUAACUACCUGCUACAUGAUUUCAACAAAUUGUAUAUCAGCGUUGUUUCCAAUGUGAGACGGAAUGAGCAGCAAACAGUUGAGUUAAAUAAUUCAGUGCAGUAAUAACACGUAUUAUCGACUCAUUCGAUUAGCUCAACCAAUCAGUGCAGCUCUGUAAGCUGUGGUUGUAACUACAUUCACAUCAAUGGAAACCCUUUUUCCUUGAGUUGUAUAUAAAGCUCAGCUCAUAAAUCAAAGGACAAAACACAUUUAACUGACAAAUGACUGGAACACUUUGGAUGCCCUUUUCUUUUGUUCGUUCUUGGUUUAGCUUAGAAAUGAUUUCUGUUAUUUUUCAGCUCUUUUAUUGAACAAUAAAGCCUAAUUUUUACAGCA